AUCAUUAUUUUAACAUCUGCAAGAAUUUGCUUUGUUUCUAUUGAUAAAUUAUCUAUCACUUUAUCCACUCCUUCAGAAAUGUUUAGAAUUCCAGAUGCUAUUGGAUCAUCUGAUUCUAUACAAGAUAAAUCAAGUCAUUGUAAACAUUCAUGA